UUUCCUGAAAAAUGUUUACUUUCAUCUUGAUAAGUCUCAUAUUUGGACUUGUGUCAUAUUUAUACUACUUUUUGUUUAAACAACAAACUUAUUGGAAAGAUCAUAAUAUUCCUUAUGUGGCGUCUCCAUUAUUACUCGGGAAUUUCUUUAAAGCUACAAUUUUAAAAGAAAAUGUAGGAGAUACCUUGACACGAAUUUACAACCAUCCAAAUGUUUUGAAAGAGCCUUUUGUUGGUUUUCAUCUCUUUCAUCAGCCUGCUUUGAUGAUACGUGAUCCGGAAUUAGUCAAACAGGUACUAAUUAAAAAUUUUCAACACUUUUCCAAUCGUUACACGGGUGCAGAUCCCGCCGUUGAUCCGAUCGGAGGCUUAACUAUGUUCCAAAUCAAGAAUCCCGCAUGGAAACCAAUUCGCACGAAGCUUUCGCCCGUAUUUACAAGCGGAAAAAUGAAGCAAAUGUUGUACAUGGUAGAAAGAUUUGGAAACGACCUUGUAGAUGUUGUUACGAAAAUUGUUGAAACCGGAGAUGGAAUUAUAGAGACUCGACAUCUUUUUGCUAUGUUUACCGUGGAUUCGAUAUCAUUAGUAGCUUUUGCCACAGAAGCGAAUUGCUUGAAGGAUCCGACGAACUCGGAAUUUUUAAAAAAUGCAGAAAAGGCUUUUCAAGUGACAUUUCGGGACAAAGUUUCCGGUAAUUUGUUGUUCUUCUUGCCUCCUUUGAUAAGUUUUUUAAGAGUAAAAACUUUCAAUUCUUCCUUUAACAACUUUUUGCGACGAUUAUUCAACGAAGUUAUGACUGAUCGUGAAACAAAUGGAGGCAAUCGUAAUGACUUGAUAGAUUUUCUCGUUGCUCUCAAACGUCAAGAAGCCUCCAAAAACGAAGGAAUAUUCACGGAAGAUGUAAUGCUUGCACAAGCUGCAGUUAUUUUCUUUGCUGGUUUUGAAACGAGCAGUUCAACUCUCGAAUUUGUCUUUUACGAACUUGCGAAAUAUCCGGAAAUUCAAAAAAAGGUUUGCGACGAAAUUCGUUCUGCCAUUGCUGUUGAUGGAAAAAUUUCGUAUGAGAUGAUCACAAAUGGUCUUCCAUACACAACUAAUGUUAUCAAUGAAGUUCUUCGUCUUUAUCCGAUUUUGCCGUUUUUGGAUCGUGUAUGCGAUAAUCCUGAAGGCGUUACUCUCGAAGCAUCCGGAAAAUCUGUUCAUAUUCCUCGAGGAAUGCCAAUUUAUAUACCCGCCUAUGCAAUUCAACGUGAUCCAAAGUACUUUUCAGAACCGGAGAAAUUUAAUCCAGACAGAUUUGAUGCUGAAAAACGCAAUUUUAAUGAAUAUACUUACAUGCCAUUUGGAAUUGGGCCGCGAAAUUGCAUCGGAGAACGAUUUGCAAUGAUGCAAAUGAGAGUCGCAAUGGCAAUGUUACUUAACAAGUUUAAUGUUGAAAUGACGGCAAACACUCCAAAGUCCUUAAAUUUGGAUAAAACAAACAUCUUGUUGCAUCCCGAACACAGAAUCUCGCUGAAAUUUGUGCCUGUGUCAAAAACGAUGAAAGUAAAAGGAUAAGCUGUUGGGUUAAACCAUACGAGAAUUUAUUAGCAAAUAAGCGAUAAAUUGAAAGUGAGGGUAGGUCUUUCGCAACACCUUCGCAAGAAACUGAAAUGGCACAAAAGAUAAUAUUAAAUGCAAUA